UAAUUAAGGAGUGUGGAAUCUAUUUGGUUUAUAAGAUGGAGAAUGUAAUUGGUCCAUUGUUAUCAGGGUUUGGUGCAAUUCUGGGAAAACUUUUUGGUCAUCCAUUUGAUUUUUUAGCCGGAAAGUCAUGCAGCUUAGUAUGCGGCCCGACAUGGGAUUUCUUCUGUUACAUAGAGAACUUUUGCAUUUCUCAUUUGCUGAAACUGGCCAUGGUCUCAAUCCUAUUCUAUUUUGUUGUCUUGUUCUUGUAUUUGCUAUACAAGUUGGGCAUAUGUGGGUGCAUUUGUGACAUGGUUUGCAGAACCACAUGGGCAUGCAUCUCUACAUGCUUUUCAGUCUUAGAUUGUUGUUGCACUUUCUGCUGCUUUAAGCUUCAACGGUUUUUUCUCAACCCUCGUCAUAAAAGGCCAAGAAGAUCAAGACAUGAAAGAGAUAUCUAUAUUUCUACUACUUUUUCAGAAGAAGAACAAGGUCAAGGAAGUUUAUAUCACAGAUCCUCUAGAAAAAUUGAAGGAAGAAGAUCAGUAAGGGAUCAAAGGAAAGAGCAUUUCAGAAGGUCUUUGAGGCCAAAGAAUAAUAAGAUGCAUCGACAGAGAAGAAGAUAAAUUUUCUUAUUAAAUCUUGUAGAUUUUGGAGUGAAAUAUUGCAAGUGACAAGUCAUCUUAUUCUCAAUUGACUUAAAGUUUCUAAGUGGAGCAAGUUAGUCGAGGAAUUUAAAAAAUCCUAAUAAUAAAAUUUUUAUUUUCUAGUACUCUAAGUAACAGCUGUUUAGAAGAUGCAAAUUUGAGACUGGUAGUAACUCCAUAUGCAUGCAUUCGCAAAUAUAUACAUGCAUACAUGUAAUUCGUGAUCGGCUACAUAAAUAUAUAUA